ACAUCACAUUGUGUUUUUGAAUUUUGUUACGAUUACGAUAUCAAAAUUCAACUUUUAUAAUAGAAAUUCCAAUAUAAGUAAAUAUAAAUGAAUUACGUCAAUACCCUCCUAAAUUCUGCCCGUCGAUUGGUAUGGCAGCCACAAGUCACGUCGGUUCGCUUUCGUUAUCACGCAGACAAAGUUGCCAAUGGACGGCUUGUACGACGCUACGGUUACAAAGAGAAAAUUCUCCAGCGCGGAAUGCUACCCCACUUAGACAAUGGACAUAAAUUGCCGAUGCCUGAAUACAGACCCAAAAAUGCAUGGUGCGAAAAACGUGCUCUAUUCGGUCAAAAUGACUACAUUGAUAUUUUGGGAAAUGACAGACUACAUCCUACGCGAGUUCUAUACUCGGUUCCGUCUUGGUUACGUGGAGUAUCCGGAAAUGAAUACCAGGUUCUGUUGCGCAAACGUAAAAUGCUUAGUCAAACCAGUUAUCCUACUGCGCGGCCGACUAAAUGGAGGAACAUGGAAAAACGGAUUUCUUAUCUGUACAGAUUUUUAAACAGGAAAACCAAAACCGGUCCUUCUAACAUUUAAAUAAAUUAUAUUUGACUA